AUGAGCGACGACAAAUACGAUGAGUUCGGUAACUAUAUCGGUGGAUCAGAUGAGUCUGAAUCUGACAUUGAAAGUCAAAGAGAAGAUGAGCUCGGACAAGGAGAGAACGAAUUACAACUCAUAGAGAAUGGAAAAGACGAGUCCUCAGAAACAGCAUUAGUUAAGAACAAUGUUUCAACUGAAGAUGCCGAGAUUGUGUAUAUAAAUCCCAGCUCCUUUUCAGAUAAUAUGCCCGUGAUUGUACCGAAGGUGGAGAAAAAGAUGAAAAUGGUGAUCAAUGAAGAAAAUUUACCGAAGUUGGCAUAUUCGAGGGAGUUUAUGGUAAACACAAUACGCGAGGUUCCCGAAAGGAUACGAAAUGUUUGCAUUGUAGGGAACUUUCAAUGUGGUAAGACGUCGUUUAUUGACCAUCUUGUCCAAAGGACUCAUGCCGAUAGUGAUAGUAAGCACAGCAAUUCCAAAUAUUCCAAACCAUUGAGGUACUUGGAUAACCACAAGUUGGAAAUUGAACGAGAAGCUUCAAUAAAAUCCUCACCAAUUACGCUAUUGCUUCCAAACUCAAAAGGUCGAUCUUUUGUGUUUAGCUUAUUGGACACUCCUGGCCACGCUGAUUUUGGCGAUGAAGUAGUGGCUGGUCUUGAAUUAAGUGAUGGUGCGGUUUUAGUUUUGGAUGUAGUUGUGGGGUUAACAUUUAAAGACAAGUUGGUACUAGGAGAAGUUAUACAACGAAACAUGCCCGUAGUGCUUGUUUUGAAUAAAAUUGACAGGCUUAUUUUGGAGUUGCGGUUACCACCAAAAGACGCAUAUUUGAAACUUUUCAAUAUAAUCGAUGAUGUGAAUCAGUACAUUAUCAAAAAUAGCGAUGGAGAUUAUACUCAAUUUCAAAAACUAUGUCCGACAUCAAAUAACGUGGUGUUUGCAUCGUCUGUGUUUGGAAUUUCAUUUACAUUGAGCAGUUUCGCAAAACUAUACUCACAAAGCCAACUGACUGAGAUGCAGCUAGCAAAGUUUGAAGAGAGACUAUGGGGUGACUACUUUUUCAACUACGAAAACAGUGAAAUAAUAACCAACUCACAUGAUGGAAAGUAUUCUCACACUUUUGUUACAUUUGUGUUGGACGUAAUUUAUCAAAUUGCUAUCUACGCCCUAACUACAAAGCCUCCUUAUAAAGAGUUGGCCAAAAUAUUGUGGGAAAAUUUUGGCGUGUCGAUCCCGAAAGCUGAAUACAAAAAAGAUGUUAAAGUGCUUCUAAAUUCGGUUUUCCGAGCAGUUUUUAAACAUGAUACGGGAUUUGUCGACAGUACUGAAAGCUCUAUUCCUCCUCCACACAUUUCUCCAAAAGAUGCGCCAUUGCUUGGUAAAAUUAGCAAAUUUGUCGAAUCUCCUAGCGGUGCGUCGUUCCUAGCAUUGACCCAUAUAUAUUCGGGACAACUUAACCAAGGAGAUACCAUUAAAGUUUGCAUAGAAGAUGAUGAUGGUGAAGAACUAAAAGAGACUGAAGUGGUAGUUGAUCAUCUUUAUUUGCCCGGUGGUAGGUACAAUGUACCAGUAGACUCUAUAUCAAACACUUUAGUAUUGAUUGAAUGUGUUGAUUCCAGUAUUCAAAAGGGUGCAACUAUUAUAUCUCAUGACAAUACAAAGGACCCUGUAUUCAAAGUUCCAAAUUAUGCUAUUACGUCAGUGUUGAAAGUUGCCGUUGAGCCUGUGAAUCCUACUGAACGACCAUUGCUUCUUGACGGUCUAAACAAAAUUUCCAAGUCAUACUUGUCAUCAGUCAUUCAUGUGGAAGAAAAUGGAGACACUGUCGUUGUUGCCCCAGGUGAGUUUUAUAUGGAUUGCUUAUUGCACGACUUGAGAGUUUAUUUCAACAAUGAUUUGCAAAUCCGAGUAAGUGACCCAAUGACGAUAUUCUCUGAAACGUGCAUAACCCAAUCGUUUACGCAAAUUCCGGUGGCUACUCGUGAUGGCGAAGUUUCCAUUUCGGUUAUUGCCGAGCCAGUGAACGAUGUAAGAUUAAGUUACGAAAUCGAAAAAGGGUUGAUUGAUAUUAAUUUAAGCAAAAGGGAGAUGUCAGCCAUCCUUAAAGAAAGAUUUGGCUGGGAUACUUUAGCAGCGAGGUCUAUUUGGUCAUUUGGACCAGAUGAUUUAAUUGGGCCAGACAUUUUGCUUGACGACACAUUGGAUGGAGAAACUGACAAGGAGCAAUUUUCCAAAUUAAAGCCUUUGAUAGUGUCAGGAUUCAAAUGGUGCGUUAAUGAAGGUCCUUUAUUUAAUGAACCUAUAAGAAACGUCAAAUUCAAGAUUCUUGAAGCUAACUUUGGUGAAGAUGCAGAAUCUUUUUUAAAUGCUGCUCAAAUCAUCCCAUUGGUACGCCGUGCUUGUUACACUGGGCUACUAACCGCAAAACCAAGGGUCAUGGAACCGGUAUACAAAGUUGAUGCUGUAUGCCCGUACAAGGCUAUACGUAUUAUUAAAGAGGUUCUCAAACUGAGAAGGGGGACUUUUAGUGGACACGAACCAAUUGAAGGUACACCAUUAUAUCACGUUGAAGGUUUUGUUCCGGUGAUUGAUAGCUUUGGUAUGCUGUCAGACGUAAAGUUGCAUGCCCAAAAUAAAGUGACAUUGUCGUUGGUAUUUCUGCAUUGGGAAAUUGUACCUGGGGACCCAUUCGAUAUAACAUGUCCGUUGCCGACGUUGGAACCAGUUCCUGAACAGUCUUUGUCCCGAGAUUUCCUUCUCAAGACAAGAAAGAGAAAGGACUUGACUGGGGAACCCACAUUACAAAAGUAUAUUGACCCCGAAAUUUAUCAAAAAUUGAAGGAGCGAGAUUUGGUUCUUUAA